AUGGCCACGAAAGAUACAGAUGAUAUCUAUGCCUAUGGUCUGUCUGUGGCUCUCACUAAAGUUGUGCCUCCAUCUACUGUUGGACUCUACUCAUCCUGCCCGAGUCGCAUUAAAAGGCUUUUGAGCAAGAUUGAAACGAAUAUGAAAAAGGAAUCAGAACGAAGAGAAAAUACAUUUCCACCUGCACAAAAGAAGGGUUCUCUUUGGAAUUUUGUGUCCACUUUACUCACUAUGAUUUUUUACUGGCCAAAAUGGUUGGACAGUGGGAAGAAGAGAAGAAAUGUCCGCUACCUAUUUAUACAGUUCAAUGCCUGGCACUUCACAGGAACCGAUAAGUUAUGGGCGGGCCUGGUCAUCACUCUCUGUGAAUCAUUUCAAUCUAUUUUCGGCAGUUUCUUCAUCAGCGUUUUCAGAACUUCUCAACACAUAGAUGAGUCUGUCAGGAAAAUAAUAAAGGAAAGCCGUGAGCCGGAGUGGAUAACCAAAAAAAUGUGCUGCUUUCCGCUUUGGCUUCUUGCAAUUGUUUCAGUUUUACUUGCCAUUGGGUUGAUUACUGUUGUUAUAAUUGUUGGUUUCCCAACUGGCGACAGUUCUGGUGAUGGUAUAACAGUGAUCGAAAGCAUGGCUAUUGCAACGCUUGGGCUACCAGCUGCCGGUGCGGUUCGCUUCACCAUUCUGUUGAGUAAAAAUCUGAUGUUCAACCAGGAUUUCAAAAUCCAGAGGCAGAUGGAUGCACCCAAAAUGAGUGCUCAGUUGGGCUUCAUGAAUGAAGUGCGGAAAGAGGUGGAAAUUCUCAUCAACUUUAUCCGCUUCAUGGAAGUCUACGAAAGAAGGAACAUCCGUGUCGUCUUGGAAAUUACUAACUUGGAUCGGUGCACUCCCGAGAAAAUUGCCGGGGUUUUGGAUGCAAUAAACAUCUUGCUUUCCGGGGAAAACAUCCCGUUCAUUUCCAUCCUGGCGAUUGAUCCCAGGGUGAUUGUGAAGAGUGUGGAGAGCUUUGAAAGUGUGAAUAAAAACGGUUAUAAGUUUCUGAACCGCAUCGUGACCCUUCCCUUUACGGUCCCCGAAAUGGACAUAAGUUCUAAGCGUGAGGUUUUUAGAAAACUUGCAGAACGUCAGUCAGAAUUUCCCGAAGAUGGUCAAUUAGAAGAGAACCAGGGGAUCUCAUACGAAGCAGAGAGAUCAAAGGUGCUUGAAGAAUCUUGUAUGGAAAGCGGCAUAGCACAUGAAUCUCAGAUUCCUUUGAUUAGCUGUACCCCAGAUAGACGAGAACGUAACGUUGGCAUACUGAAAAUAGUUAAGGAUUUGAUUAAAGAAACACUGCGAGUCAUUAGCGAAGAAGGCGAUGAGGGAAACUUUAAAUAUUACCUCAUGGAGAACAGCAUUCAUAUGAGAAGAAUUAUCAAUUCAGUAAGAGUCUCAAUCACAAUCAUGGCUAGCCAAAGAGAGGAAUUACCACCAGCAAGGGAAAUUGCCGCGUGGAUAGUCCUGGCUAAUCAGUGGCCAUGUCGUCUCAGCUGGAUCUUACAGUGCAUUGAAGACGAUGAACAAAGAGCAGAGAUAGAUAAAGACUUCACUGGGGAAGACAGCAUUGAUGAGACCAAGCUUCUGUGGGAUGUCUUUUGCGAAUCGAGGCUCGAGUUUCACCUGAUGAAGGACCAAAUUAAAAACUUCCUGGAAAUUGAUGGGGAUCCGGAGCUGUUUGAAAUGUUUCUCAAGAAAGAUUUCUUGCUCACCAUACAGCAGGCCAACUGUUUUAAAGCGUUCACCGUCAACCUUGAUCCGUCCAUCAAGAAGGAGCUGGAAUUAAUCCGGGGAAGCAAAAAUCUAAAGGAUACCAUUAAAUUAGAGAAGGUCAUGCCACUAAAAUCCGGAUUUGUUUUAAAAAUGAAUGAAGACGAUGUGUGCAAAGAGAUGGAAAAACUCAAAUUCAGUGAGAGAAAUACUGAAAAGUAUACGCAGAGAAUAAAGGAGAACAAUCUUGAUGGCCGAGCAUUACUUUUUGGCCACUACCACGAGAUCAAAAAUGUCCUUCAGAUGUCCAUGGGAGAAUGGACUGCCUUUAGCAUUCAUUUCUUAGGAAUAAAGCCACAAGUUGUCAGCCCCUUUGUAACAGGGGGGUUGGUUACAUGUGUGGGUGGUCGCUGAACAAUACUGAGGCAGACAUAGAGCAUUGGGUGCUGACCUGCCACACAGGCGUGCAGAUUUAAAUAACACAGGUGCUGACACUAGGGUACCAGCAAUGGUAGCCCUAGUGUCACAAUUUAAUAAAAUUAACAAAGCUAAAAAGUUUGCCCCACAAGGCGAGCGCUAGUCCCACUAAAAGUCCCACUCUAAGAACCUACUACGCUAUGCAUAUCCUCUCUACACUGUUUGGGAUCAACAUCCCCUAAAAUGCCCUUCUUCUGGGCUUCUGGAUUCCUGGCAUUCUCACAGUGACUCCGACCUCUUCAAACAGCCUUCACCAACACCACCUUGGAGUGCAGUAUUCUCUCCAUGGAGCAGACGCUCUCCUCCUCGAUGUAAACACAUUACCCAUCUGUGAGCCAUAGCGGUGCAGUCGCCUCGAGCUGUGACUCAGGUGCUUUUUGAGCUUGGCACACCCUCUGCUAUCUCAGUGUGAAAUCUCAUUGUGUUGCUCCAUGAACCACCUUUCAUAAUGGACCUUAAAUCCAUUUCCCAAUUCAAGAGCACAGCCAUAAAAGCCAGGAGCUUAGAACGUCCCAUGGCUAUUUUUAUUUGAUUUUAUUUUUUUAAUUCACAGCUAACUUCAUGAUAAUGAAUUGUUCAGAACUUAAAAACGCUCAAUUAGAAUUUUAAUACAAAACUAUAAGAAACGAUGUUAAGUAGACAGUAGUUUUGUGCACUGAAAAAGGCAACAUUCUGGAAUAAUGGCCUCUGCCUUUUUUGCCAUGUUCCCCCAUUAUAUGAAAUCUUAAAAACAGUGAUAAUUAAUGUGUUUUUGCACGAUAUGAAUAUGAAAUUACACAAUAGUCUCAGUAAAGGGUAAGGUUUAAA